AUGGCUGAAGGUUCCAAAGCAUCUUCUACUCAAAAUGACAUUGCGAAUAGCCAAAAUGUUCUCCCGAAUGAUUCUAAACUUAUCAAGAAUAUCUUAAGCAACAAAGUUGAAAACACUGUUAAAGCAGAAAGUAAUUCUCUUCAAUUCAAAAAGGUUUGCAGGAAAUAUGAGGAAGAUAUUGAUUCUCUAAGAGCUCAUAUUGAGGAAUUGGAAUCUGAAUCGAUUAUUAAAAAUCAGAACUUGAUCUUAAUUUAA